CUUCCGUGACUCCGCCGGUCCGUCCCCUCUCGCGCGCUCUGCCGCCAACCGCGCGUCCGGCGAUGCUCAAAUUGGCAGAUAUAUUUAAUGCCCCAAGUGAUGAUGAAGACUUUCUUGGUUUUGGAGCUGAUGUUCCCAUGGAAACACUAUCAAUGGAGGACAGCUGUGAGAGUUUUGAUUCGUUAGAGUCAAGAAAAAUGGACAUUCAUUUUCAGCCCACGUACCUAACUGAGGAACUGAGAGAGAUUUUCACAGAAGACACGGAUUCAGAAAAUGAAGCAUUUGAAGGAUUUUCUUCAAAUGAGCAUGAAGCAGUGGAAUCAGAUCUGGAGAGUGGCCCUUUAUCUUUAAUGGCGGCAGAAGAAGAAGAAGAAGAAGAAGAAGACAGGGCAAAAGAUCUCUCUAAGAGAAGGAGCUUCGGCUUUCGUGUAGCAUUGCAAUUUCCUACCAAGAGAUCUGCUGAGAAGACUUCUUCCAAGUUCUGCUUAACGGACAGUAAACACCCACGCUCUCUUACCCAAACCAAAACUAAUAAAACAUGGGGCACAACAGGUCAGGAAACUUCUUCAGGGUCUGGGGAAGAUGCUAAAGAGGCACCAGAUGAAAGCUCUAGUGCACUGCUCAAAAGAGCCAUGAAUAUCAAAGAAAAUAAAGCCAUGCUUGCCCAGUUAUUAGCAGAACUGAAUUCUAUACCUGACCUAUUUCCAGUGAAAAGCCCUCCCUCAACUCCUAAACAGAAGAAAACACCAAGGAGGACGUUUUCGGAAGGCCAGAUAGUGCGCCGUACUAACCCAACCAGGAAUGCUCGUCCACCAGAGAAAUUUGCCUUGGAAAACUUCACUGCAACUGCUGUCAGAUUUGCAGAACAACUUAACAGUUACAGACAACAGAAACUUUUAAAAAAAAGACUAAAAGGGGGCAAUUUGGGACUCCCCAAAAGAAGAAGAUCAUCAAAAUACUGCUCAUUCCGGCCGGUUGAAGAUAUAACUGAUGAAGAAUUAGAAAACGUUGCAAUAACAGUUAAAGAUAAAAUCUAUGAUAAGGUUCUGGGAAGUACAUGCCACCAAUGUCGACAGAAAACAAUUGAUACAAAGACCGUUUGUCGUAAUGAAGGCUGUGGGGGCGUAAGGGGACAAUUCUGUGGACCGUGCCUUCGUAAUCGCUAUGGAGAAGAUGUGAAAUCAGCACUUCUGGACCCAGACUGGAUAUGUCCUCCUUGCCGAGGGAUCUGUAAUUGCAGCUACUGCCGCAAACGUGAUGGUCGUUGUGCCACAGGAAUGCUCAUCCACCUGGCAAAGUUUUAUGGUUAUGAUAAUGUAAAAGAAUACCUUGAAAGCUUACAAAAGCAACUUGCGGAGGAUGACUGAAAAUACCAUAGCUGUGCAAACACUUUUUUUUAUUACUUAAAUCAGAGUUGGAGAUUUAAACUUCUAUUACAAUGAUGUUUAUACAUAUAGAAAGAUAGGGCAGAAGUGAUUACUUUAAAAUUGAUGUUGUAUAUGUUACAAAGAUUUCUCAGGUAAAUGACUGUUAAAGGAAUCUGUAUGUUAUAUGUUCUUUGCCACAAUGCACUGGGAUAUUUUUUUUUCUGGCAAAGCCUUAUUGAAAUGAAUGGCAAUUAAAAACAGUUUCCAUUCAUUUCCAUGGGGCUGAUGCAGGAGAAAUGCUUGUGGGUUAUGCUGCUUAGGAAUAGACUCCAGAUGUCAGUGCUUAAUGUUCAACAGAGCUGCAAAAUUUAUUGAACAGCUACACUUAAUUUCAUUAGAAUUAUUUUCAAUUCAUUUCUUAGAUUUUAGAGAUGGAACUUCAUACUGGAACAAUAUUUUAUUGCCAGUGAAAGAAUGUGAAUACUCUCAGCAAUUUUUUUAACCUCCAGCAUCUUAUUUAAAACAAAUGCCCCCC